CCCAGCUAGGCUUUGUGUAUUAGCUCUUACGGAUGCUGUUUUUUUAAUGCCUAAUAGCGCUUCCAACACCGCGGCUCCAGCCGGGUCCUCUUUGGCCUUCAGGGGUUGUGUUUCCUUCCAGCUUGGUUUGGCAAGGAAUGUGCUGGCAUUUGGCAAUCCAGUUACCAUCCUGUAUCCUAAUUCCCUGUGUACUGUGCCCAGUGUGCUGUGUAACCUUAUGUUAAAUAGUAAAAAAAAAAAAAAAAAGGCAGUUUUGUAUUUUAUGUAAAGGAUGUAGACUGUAAGAAAUAUUAGGCACCUGCUGAGAACUUGCUUUUGUGCUGACAGAGGUAAACAUGAUUAUUCUUAAAGUGUUGCUUUGGAUCUAAUGUCCCACUAUAUUGAGUUAGGGAGCCGUGAUAAAGCAAAGAAACUGGGUGCGAUUUUUUUAUUUAAGUAAACAGUGAAGUUGCUGUAAUUGUCUUCACUUGAUCUCAUCGCUGUCAUUGAAUGAUCUUUCUGUAGCUCAGGUUCAGGCUAAUUUUAAAUUUCUCAGUAGGCAAGAAAGGUACUCCUCCUUCCUUUUCUGCUUUUAUGCCUGGCUAUCAAUCUGUAAGAGUGAAUUCACUCUGACAGGCGUUUCUUACCAGUUUUGAUACCUUCCCUGUAAUUCUACCAAACCAAACACAGCUCUAUUAAAAUUUCCGGAGGCAGAGUUUUCUUAAUGCUGGGUCCGUAAUCAAUCCACGUUCCCUCAGUCAGGAUGCCGUCAAUCCUGGUGGCUGCAUAGGAGUUCCCUGAUCUUGGCUAAGGGCAUAUUCAAUUGCUCUCUGUUUUGUGAACUAAGGAAACAAGAUAUUUGGGUGUGUUGUCAAAUUUGUGUUAAAGGCACUAUAUCCAAAGAGACAUAAACAGCAGUUUGGAUAGAAUGUUCUUGCUUUGCAGGCACAGCUGCACCAGCAACUAUGCUCCCUGCAAAGACAUUCCCAUCACAGCAAAGUGUGGAAGGCACUGACAUGCCAUUUUGAGGCUGAAAACUAUCCCCUUUCUCCUGCCUGGCUUUAAUUGAUUCCUCAAGAUGUUUGCAAAAGCAACAAAGAAUUUUGUGAGAGAAACGGACAGUGGAGGUGACUUGAUCCCUGUGUCCCACUUGAACGCCUCAGACAAGCUACAGCUUUUGAGCUUAGUUACGAAGAGGAGGAAAUUCUGGUGCUGGCAGAAGCCCAAGUAUCAUUUCUUGACAGUCACCCUGAGUGAUGUGCUUACUGAAGACAAACCAGUAAAACCAGUGAUUGUGGAGUCUGACUUUGCAAAAUAUAUGGGGAAGUUUGAAGACUUUAUUCAAGGAAGUAUUGAAGCAUCAUUUGUAAAGAUCAGCCUGGGAGCUGGAGGGAAGGGCUAUGUGGAAAAUGAGUCCUCAUUUGGAAACCUGAGGAAGCAGGAGAUUGACUUGCAGCAGCUUAUGAAAGACGUCAAGGACAGAACAAUAGAUCUAAGCUGUAGUUUACUGCAACAAGUAAUAGAAAGAAAACGUGAAGUGCUGUGCAUCUUGAGAGAAAAGAUAAUAACAACUCAGAGGUGUACAAUAUUUGAACAUGUCCAGACAGAAGAAAAAGUCAGUGGUGUGAUGGGAUGCACUGCAAAAACAGUAAAGGUUUUAGUAAGUGAAAACGGAAGUAUGGUGAAGGAUUCUAGUGUGAUUCUUGAAAUUCCUCCUGCAACCACUAUUGCCUACGGUGUAAUUGAACUGUUUAUAAAGCACAAUGGCCAGUUUGAGUUCUGUCUGUUAGAUGAACAGCAAGGAGGUUUUGAAAAAGAAAGCACAGAAGGCUCAACUUACCCCCAUUCAGCUCUAUUCAGAGAUGCUUCAUUUCUCUAUCAACCAGAUGCUGUUGAUAAUGAGAUGUACUCUGGGGCUAAAAACCUCGUUCCCAGUGAUGCUUCUAUAAGUGUAUUGAAACAAGAUCUGUCACAGUUGAAGACCCAGUUCCAGCCCUUUGUGAAGCUUCCAGAAGACAAGCAAAGAGCUUUAUAUAAAACCCUUUGUGAACUCUUGCUCCAUGAAGAAAUGGUGACUGCCCUGGGGGAUGUGUUUGAUGAUAUCUGCACAGGAGAUGAGCCAGAUCUGGAGGAGUUAAAACCUGCACAACAAAGAGACCUCCUUGACUUCUUGCAGCUCCUAGGGUGCAGUUUACAGAGUGAGUUGUUGUUGCAGAAAUAUCAGCCUCAGGAUGUAGAGCUUUUCUCAGCUGCUCACCUUCUCAUCAGUGCUAUCUCUGAGCUGUCUGAUUACACUCUGGUCCUGCUGCGUGCCUGCUGUGAUCUUCAGGUUGUUCCAGCGUUGUGUUGUUUGCCUGACGUCGCUUCAGCCGAUGGCACUGUGGCGCUGAGCAGUCCUUUGGUGACCACUCUCACUGACAGGAGAAGAUUUGAUGUCGUGAAAAGGCUGUUGGCUUCAUCAAACAUUAAUUUGGAAAUGACAGAGUCUUCUGUAAAAGCUGUAACUAUGAAAGAACCUCGAUUCUUCCCACUUGUUCUUUAUGUUGCACUGUGUGGGCUUCAUGCUUUAGGUGGGAAUGUAUAGCAGCUGUACUGAGUAUCCAGUUUUGGCUCUAGCCUGUUCUUUCUUCCGUAGCUCCGUAGUGUUGGUGUCUUUGGGCUAAGCAGUAGAGCUGCUCCGUUGGGUCCUUAGGGCAGCACAGCCAGGCGUUAGGGCAGUUCCAGUGGAAAAUACAUAAAUGAAGGAUGAAGGAGGGGAAUUAAAGAGGAGAAGUGAGGAACAGAAAUUGAGCAGAGCUGUUGUGGUAGUUGUCAGAUUGCAGGGCAGUAGAAACCUGAUUGCUUGCAUUAAUAUGCGUGGGAGAAAACAGCAAAGUACAAACCGCUUUUUUUCAAGCAAGCAGACAAAGCAGGCUGUGGAAAUCCAGGGUUCUGCAAUGCAGCAAUUGUUUUGCUCCUUUAAGACUGGAUGUGCAGCAUGCCUUCACUCUGGAGCAGGUGGAAUGAAGGGCUCUCAAAGAGGUACUUGAUUAGGUUGUCUUAUUGUUGCUUGGUGUUUCCUGCGCAAUGCAGGAAAUAUAAAAUCCUUUUUUUUUUUUUUUUCAAAAACUAAGGCCACCUUAGGGAUUUAUGCAUCUAUACAGCAUUUCUGUUUUCUAAUAAGUUUUUACUCACCUUAGCAAGUUUCAUCUGUUUAAAUUGCAUAUGGAACUUUGAAGUACGGCAGUGCCUUUUGGUGUGUGCACAUGAAGGGUCCCUGCUGCACACCACAAAAAUGAUCAUUUCACCCACAGGACAUUUUAAGUGCAGAUACUUUGCUCGUUUCUUUGACUAACAGCAAAGCGUCAGUGAAGCACUGCGUGCUUUGAGCUAUUCUGCCUUUUUUUCAUCAUAAUUUUUUGUAAUUGUGGAUGGAACAGCAAUGCAGCAGAGAUCACUGUAAAUGUGGGCUUGGGAAGAUGAUGUCCAGGUAAGUGGAAUAUCAGGGCUUGCAGAUAAGACUCUGAGAUAGCUGACAAACAAGCAGGAACCUAUGUGGGGGUGAUCAGUAACCAGGCCCUGCAGCAUAGUUGGUUGGUAGGAAUCCUGCUUGUUUCCUGCUCUAUUCCCACAUGAUCUUGAGCAGAUUGUCUAAGAAAUUAUCAGAAGUCACCUCAGUUCAGCUUUCCCUGAGGACAUGGACUUUGCAGAAGAGCACUGUGGAACCUUUCCAUACCCCGAGAGCCCAGGGUAGCUCUGCACGCUGCACCGGGGGCGUUUCUGCAUCUCACCUAUUAAAUGAAGCUGAUGGUAUUGCCUGAACCUUGCACUGGUGUAGAUGGAAAGAUCCUUUAGGAGGAUGGAAGCAUGUAGCUCUGCUUCUGGAAUGAUGUGUGUAAGUGGGAAAGCCUUCCUUUGCCAAUCACUACUCAAAAGUUGCCUCUGUAAAUAAUUUAUCAAAACUUUCUAUUAAAUGUUAUGUCAAAACAAGAGAACAACUUAUAACAUCA